GUGGAUUUGCCAACAUUUUGUGUUCCUUGUAACUUAAGUAAAAGGUCAUUCAACCAUCCUUGUUUGUUGUGAAGGCGUUGUGUGAUCUGAUGGUCACCUGAAGCCUUAGCAAAUACAGAAUUCAUGCCUAUCAACACAUUAGAUGAGAUAAGAUCCGACCAGUCAAAUUCUUUUUACAACGUCCUGGAAAUGAUGAAUCAUUAAGUGGCCGUUCAACACAUAAAACACAGCAGCGUCUCCGCAUUUGGUUAAACUGUAACCUGCACUCACCAGUGCGGUACUCGCUUCAAGCAGGGACAUGGCUUUUCAUAGAAUUUUGAGGGGCCAAAUGUUCUUAAGAAGCCUCACUCUCAUCUUCAUGGGACUAUUGUUUUCUGUGAUCCUGUGGGAAACCAGCUCUAACAGAAAGUCACUGUCUGAUCUCAGGAUACCACAAGAGUUCUCUCGUGACCUUCGUAGCUGCAUGGCUAUCAUAAGUGGAGCUACAGCGGGCAGGAAAAGGGAAUUGGAGGAACUUCUCGCAUCCAGGAAAAGACCUACUCCGAUAUCUGAGGACUUCUACCUCAAUGUGACAAAAGAUUGUGAAGCUUAUGUUGAAAAAAGAGGCUUUAUUGCGGUGCCCCUCAGUGAAGAGGAGAGGGAUUUUCCCAUUGCCUACUCGAUGGUGAUCCAUGAGAAGAUUGAGAUGUUUGAGCGACUUCUAAGAGCUGUUUACACUCCUCAGAACAUCUACUGUGUGCACGUGGACCAGAAAUCCCCACAAGAAUUUCAAAAGGCUGCAGAGGCUAUUGUUUCCUGCUUUCCUAAUGUGCUUUUAGCCAGCAAGUCAGAGAGAGUAGUGUAUGCCUCAUGGUCCAGAGUGCAGGCUGACUUGAACUGCAUGAAAGAUCUGCUAGACUCGCACAUCCAGUGGAGGUACAUGCUGAACACCUGCGGGACAGACUUCCCCAUCAAAACCAACAGAGAGAUGAUCCAGGCACUGAAAGCCAUGAAUGGGAGAAACAGCAUGGAGUCUGAGGUCACCAGUGACAGCAAGGCCGGCCGAUGGAUGUACCAUCACAAUGUCACCGGCAAUGUUCAACGAACAAAUGUGAGGAAAAGUCCCCCUCCUAUCAGAAGCCCCAUGUUCACAGGGAACGCUUAUUUUGUGGUCACAAGAGAAUUUGUGAAACAUGUGAUGCAGGACAGAGAAGUUCAAGAGCUCAUGGAGUGGGAGAAAGACACAUACAGCCCUGAUGAACACCUAUGGGCAACCCUGCAGAGGAUGCCGUCUGUCCCUGGAUCAGUGCCCACCAACAGGAAGUAUGACACGUCAGACAUGCUCACCCUGGCUCGUGUGGUGAAGUGGGGCUAUCUAGCAGGAGACGUAAGAAGUGGAGCUCCGUACGAGCAUUGCACUGGAGAGUACAGGAGAUCCGUUUGUGUUUACGGGGCUGGAGACCUCCAGUGGCUCCUAACAAACCCGCAUCUCCUUGCUAAUAAGUUUGAUCCUGAGGUAGACGAUGUUGCUAUUCGAUGUUUGGAGUCAGUUCUGCGCUUCAAGGCUUACGGAAUAAUUCAAGGUUAACAGAAUAAUGUUACACCAUUUUGUAAAGCUUAUAAUCAUUUUUGAAAUUAAAUGUAAAUAAGUAAUUAAUUUAAAUAAUAUUGUAGAACAUAAAUAUUGUCUUCAAACUUAAUUUAAAAAUUAUAUUUUUUGAACUGUUAAAUCACUUAGUUAUGUUCUGUUGAAUAUCUGUCUUUGUGAAGGUAAUAGCAGACCUCUAAAUGUAUUUUGUCAUUUGUUUUUGUAGAGCUUUUUGAUGUCAAUGAAAUCUGAAUUUAUUGUGCCAUCUAGUGGAGUCUAAGCGUAAAAGAUGGAUUCAGGUCGAUUGUGUCAGUUUUGCCAAACACACUGAAAAUGUAAUCUGAACAUAAUUUAGUUUAUGCUGCCAUAAAUGUAUCUCCGUUUUGUUACCACCGCAAAACUGGCACUUGUUCAAAUAAAACUGCGGUCACGCCAGACGCUCCUCGCUUUUACAUGGUGAAGUGAUCUGCCCCUAUAUUUAAAGUGCCCACGUAUUCUGAUCUUUAUGGUAAAUGCUCCGGACUCCAGAGCGAGCAGGAGUAACAGACAGAGAGAGAGCGAUGACGUCAAGUGCUAAAUGCCUAGGUCUUACCAUAAAAAUGAGAUACACGUGUAUGAAACGGGAGCAAACAGAAUACUGUACAGGGAAUAGCUUCGGAGGUCGGGGAAGUUAGUGUGAGAAUAAUUCUGCGAGUCUGGGAUAACUUCCGUUUUUCAAUAUAAGGUGUUUUUACUGUGUACUUUUUGAGAAAUCCACUGUCAAAGUCCCUUAUAAAUCACUAUAAUGAGUCUUUUUUAUGACUUUAAUGUCUUGUAAAAACAAAUUCUUCCAUAAGUACACCAUGAUUCUGAUAUGGUUGGACUUAGUACUUCUUAGACUACAUGCAUGGGUACUAUGAAGUACUUUUACUGUGUACUUUUUGAGAAAUCCACCGUCAAAGUCCCUUACACAGCACAGCUCUCUGCAGUGUUUUGAAUGUGACAGUACCAAUUUGAUACGCUGUGACAGCUACACGUAAUAUUUUGCAAUAAACACACAUACAAGCAUCAAAUCAAAUAUUAAUAAUAUUUCACGAAUAAAAAAUUACUAUUGAAUUUCUUUUACAUUUAUUAUAAACAUUUACAUUUUCGUAGAACACGCAUAUGAAAUUACAAAGACUAUGAACACCAACAACUAUAUACAUCUAUCUUUUUUCUUCAAAUUUGAACGAAUACAAAUAUUAACAAAGAUUUAAAUAAACAAAAAAUACAGCCAUCAAAUUAAAAAUAUGAGAUAUGUUUUGUCCCAAGCGCUCACAUGUCUUUAUUUGGUAAGAACACAUGACAUUUUUAAGUGUUUUAUUUUCUGCCCUAACUGGGCACAAUCCCAAUUGUUCACCCUUGCAUGUUGGAGUUGUUGUUCAUACAUGGCUAGGCACUGCUCAUGGUACCAUCUUUGGCAUGUGUCACACUGUUUCUGUAAAAUAAAAUGUGCAAACCUUUAUGAACUUGUCAGGAAUAGAGAAUCUUGUGGAAUAGAGAAACAUUUCUAUAGGCAGGGCAAUAUAUAGACAUAAUCCACUACAUUAGUCUUUGUAAAAGUUUGCAGCAUGUUUGCAAUAAAAUCCAACUCCCAUAAUGUAAUUGUAUUAUCUACUCAACAACUGAGCUCCUAUCUCCCAAGAGAAGACUUAAUUCUAAUAUCAUUAUUGAGCAUAUGCAUUUAUUUUUUAAUUUGUGGGGGGAAUGAUGAAGAAGAGGUUGGUUUUUGAAAGAGUGCAAUCUCUGGUAACACAUGACAGCUUCUUUUUCUUGAUUUUGUAAAAAUCCUUGUAAUUUCAAGCAUUCUUUUUUUUUCCAUAUGUGCCAUAAACUUGCUUACUUUCUAUAUCUUUGAAUUAUUUAAAAAUAUUUUGUCAAAGUAUCAAGGGGUUGAGGCUGGACUGAAUUUCAUUGUGUAGUGAUCUGCAAUGACAAUAAAGGAUCCAUCCAUCUAUAACUAACAAAGACCUUGGCCCUCCAAAUCCUUCAUAAAUACUGAACGAGAGGUCUCGUCCUUAACUAUUCGAAAAUGAAUGAUUUUAGAAUAGCAGAAUUUAAUGUGUUUGACUCUUUUGAGCAUGUGUAUUCUAAAAGGUAUGAUUUUUUUAUGACAUUGCUUAUGUUUAUGAUACGUUAAAGGAAGAAUAUGCGACUU